AUGGCAACGCCUCCAACCUCCUCCGACGUUCUACUGCCUCUGUCGCCCAUGGACGCGGUGAUGCACAGCUUCGGCUUCGUGAUCCUCUACAUCUUCCCACCACCGGUAGAGCCCCCCCACGACCUCGACAAGCUGCAGUCGUCCUUCCUCUCUGCUGUGAACGAAGACUACCCGAUCUUCAUCGGAGAGCUGUACCUGGACCCCAGUACGGGGGUCGUCAACGUGAAGCAGACGGCGGAGUCCCAGCGAAAGGGGGCGAAGGGGAUCCGCUUCGAGACGAAUUCCAGCAGCCCCUUGACGACGGAGCAGGCGAUGCAGAAGCGUUCGUGGGAUUUGAUGCCAACGACCCGAGGCAAGACGGAGCUCAUGUGUGUGAAGGGCUCGCUGCUGGCCGACGGAGGGUUGGCGAUCGGGGUGGACGCCAGCCACACGCUGGUGGAUGGGGAGGGCAUGUUCACCUUUAUGACAGUGUGGGGGCAGCACUAUAGUGGCGUCAAGAAGGAGGACCGACUGGUUGUGUGCCAUGACAGGCACUUGCAACAGGGAACGGGUACACCAUCGACCAUGCAGCACCCGGAGUUUCGAGUGGUUGAAACUGCGUCUGGAGGUGAAGCUGAAGCUGAAGUCAACGGUGGAGAAGCUCCAGCUCCGCCGUCCACAGACCACCACUUGUUUCACUUUACGCCCCAGAUGAUGAAGAAGAUCAAGGAAGUCGCGACGCGCGGUGGGUUGUCUGUUAGUGAGGAUGCAGGCGUGUCGUACGUGAGUACUACGGACUCCAUCACGGCGCUCUUCACUGUGUUGAUCUCGCGAGCGCGCGGCCACGGGCACGGCGUGAAAAUUACGACUGGCGUCAAUGCUCGACGUCGCAUGGAGCCGCCUUUACCAGCAAAUUACGUUGGGAAUGUCAUUUUCAACGCGCUAUCGACCUACAAGAACGGCGAGUUGCAGCCUGAUGAAGACGAAGCGGACGACGUUGUCUCGCCAGCAAAGCUGGGGAAGAUAGCAAGGCGCGUCCGUGCAUCGAUCCUCGAGCGCAACGGCGAGUAUCUCCGAGAUGCCAUCAACUUUCUGACCGAGCAGCGCAACAUUUCUGCUGUGCAGGUUGGCACCAACUUCUUUUUCGGCCAGGACCUCAUGUUCACGUCUUGGGUGCACAUGGGUAUGUACAACGCGGAGUUUGGCGGCACUCGGCCGUGGUAUGCUUGCGUCCCCAAACUGCCGUGCUACGAUGGGUUCGUCAUGAUCACGGAGGCCCAGAAGGGCGGCGAUGGGGUUGACGUCGGCGUGUUCCUCGAGUGCACAGCAAUGGAGAAGCUUCAGAAAAUGUUUCAAGAGGUGAAGUACCUCCACGACUGA